AUGGAAUUCAUUCCAGUUUGUGGUGUGAGUGUGGAUACAGUCGGAAACAUAUAUGUAGUCGACUCGGGCAAUGCUCGAGUGAUGAAAUGGGCACCAGGUGCCCUAGCAGGUACCGUGGUUGCUGGUGGCAAUGGCGUCGGUAACGCCAACAAUACCCUUGAUACCCCUGAUGGCCUAUUUGUCGAUCCAAUAACGUUAGCCAUCUGGAUUGCUGACACUUACAAUAAUCGUAUAGUCAAAUGGUCAUCACCCUUAGGGAAUGUUGUCAUCUAUGGCAGUGGUCCAGGCUCAGGAGCACACCAAUUCUGGCAUCCACGUGGAGUCUUCGUCGAUACUGCUGCCUCAAACACUCUCUAUGUUGCAGAUACAGAAAAUCAUAGAAUUCAAAAGUGGCUACCGGAUGCAAGCAGUGGUGUGACAGUGGCUGGACAGACAGGUGCUUUACCACCCAACACAGUAUGUGCAAGAGCUAUGUGGGCAGCGAAUGCUACAACUGUUGCUGGCUCAUCGUUAGGAGCCAAUGGCAUCAGUCCACAUCUGCUCACUUCUCCUUGGGACGCAGUUCUCGACAACACUGGAGCUGUCUAUGUUUCGGACACCGGCAAUCUCGUCCCACGAGUGCAAAUGUGGCUUCUCGGCGCAACUAGUGGAACAACCGUAGCUGGCGGUACCUCAGGGUUAGGUCUCGAUCAAUUUGACGUCAUUGUACAUGGUUUGAGCUUGGAUGCGAAUGGAAAUUUAUAUGCAGCCGAUCAGAGUCGGGUGAUGAAGUGGGCACUCGGAGCCCAGAUCGGUUCGGUUGUGGCUGGUGGUAAUGGUGUCGGUAGUGAUACUAACCAGCUUAAUUAUGCUGGUGGUAUAUUUGUCGAUCCAAACACGUUGCGCGCUCGAUUUCAUUUAUAA